GGCCGCUAAGCUGCCGUCAUUUCCGGCUCUCUGUCAGUCCGGAGUAGGCGAACGAGCGAGGGAGAGGUUUUUGGUCGGCCGGAGCGGAGCAAUGCCUAAAUCAAAGGAACUCGUUUCUUCAAGCUCUUCAGGCAGUGAUUCGGACAGCGAAGUUGAAAAAAAGUUAAAGAGGAAAAAGCAAGUUGUCCCAGAGAAACCCGUGAAGAAGCAAAAGCCUGGUGAGACUUCUAGAGCACUGGCAUCCUCCAAGCAGAGCAGCAGCAGCAGAGAUGACAACAUGUUCCAGAUUGGAAAGAUGAGAUAUGUCAGUGUUCGGGACUUCAAAGGAAAAAUUCUAAUUGAUAUUAGAGAAUAUUGGAUGGAUUCAGAAGGUGAAAUGAAACCAGGAAGAAAAGGUAUUUCUUUAAACAUGGAACAAUGGAGUCAGCUGAAGGAACAGAUCUCUGACAUAGAUGACGCAGUAAGAAAGCUGUAAAAUCUGAGCCAUAUCAAACCUGUACUGUUGUAGUUGUCUUUUUACAUUGGCUUUUGUUUUCUAAAUGUUGUUUUCCAAGCUGUUGUAUAUUUGGAUUGCAGAACAAUUUGUAAGACAAAUACUUUUUUUUAAUGUGCAUUAUUAAAAUGUUCUAAGUGAAGCUAAUUGUCAAGUUUAUUAAAGAGGAUUGCUUUGUGCCCCCUACCUAGUGUAAAAUAAAGUCAGAUCAUUACAAUCUU